UUAGGCUUAGCAGUGAUUGAAAGACUAAACAGUUUCCAGAAAGAGCUUGGUAGAAAACUCGCCUAUCUCCAUGUCACUCAACCUCGAUACACAACUUAUGGCAAAACCGAGCAUGGUAGUAAACGAGACCAAGAAGGAGUUCAUUUGACAAGGAAACUGAGAAUAGAUUAUGAUGGAACAUUCAUGUGUAGUGGUGGAUUCAAUAGGAAGUUAGGAAUGGAAGCUGUGGCUCGAGGUGAUGCUGAUUUGAUAUCGGUUGGUCGUCUUUUCAUCUCUAAUCCAGAUUUGCCCUUAAGGUUUAGGCUUAAUGCACCUCUGAAUAAGUAUAAUAGGAAGACAUUUUACACACAGGAUCCUGUUAUAGUUUACACAAAUUAUCCUUUUCUCAGCAAAGGAAAUGGGGCUGAGCUAAAUGCGCGUCUGUGAUUGUUCUUUUUGCUUUAUCAUUGAGUUUGUUACAUGAACAAUUAAAGUCUCAAAAUCUUAGGUGAAUGGUUUUAUUAUGAAUGCAAUCUCACCAAUGAUGGAUACUAAAUAUGUAUGGUUUGUACCUAGGUGAGAUUAUAGCUAUAGAAAUUAAGAAUAAUUAGUCAUUAAAAUUUUGACAGAGGUGAUCCAAAUUCAUGGAUGCUACUUGUAGUCCCUUUCUGUAUUAGUUUGCUUUAAUUGGAGGAACUAUUCAAAAUCACGAUUUUAACAGUAUAUUACCAAUCUUUCAUAAAAGCUACCUUCAACAAUGCAUUUCCUUGUCAUAUAAAGCAAACCACACACUGCAUUGUCAUAUAUCGUACCUAGCCCAUAUUAAGUCUAUAUUAAGUGAGGUAAAU